AGACAUGACAUUACGGUACCCACUCUACCUUUUCCGCUUCACUUCCUGCUCUUGGAUUUCUCUGGGCUAAGUCGGUUUACCGGCAGCCGAGCUGAGCGGGUGAGAUCAGCUUGACCCCGAUCCUCGGGUUUCUCGUCCCCCAGCCCGGCUCCCCUGACACCCCCCAUUAGCCCGCGCCACCUGCAGGGGGAGGCAGCUCUGAGCCCCAGCUGGUCCGACUGGUUCUGAGCAGGAAGUCGCCCUCCCUCGCCCGGGGCGGCCAACCAGCCCAGCUCGGUCCCCGGCGUCUAUCCGCACCGUCCUCGCCUGGGAACCUCAGGAUACGGGAGCCAAGGGCCCCGGACAGCUCCCCCUGGUCGAAGGAGCCCAGCGCCGCUCUGCUUGGGGAGGUGUGACCUGGGCUCCGGAGUCCUUAGUGUCAGCGAGAGGGGGUGUCUGAGCGCGCGAGGGGUGAGAUAAGGGACCAUGUGAUUCACCUGGGCACUGGGCUGGUGCGAGGAGGAGGGACCCAGGGGCAGGUGAGGGAAGGCACAGAGUGGAUAACUGUAGGAGGUGUUUGGAGCCAAAUAGAAGGAGGAAGAGGAGGAGGAGGAGGGUACUGCUCGUGGGACGAAGCUCCCCAGUGACAAUGUCUAUUAAGAGGAAGAACUGGUCAGCGCUGUCAAGCUUGGCAAGACAAAGGACUUUGGAGGAUGAGGAGGAGCAGGAACGAGAACGUCGCCGACGGCACCGAAAUCUUAGUUCAACCACAGAUGAUGAAGCCCCGAAGGUUGCCCACAAUGGAGAUCAGCCAACAGUGGAGAGGCUCCCAAGCCUGGAGGAAAGUGAGGUUCCCAAGCAUCAUUCAUCCAUCAAAGAUGAAGAGGACGAGAAUUUCCAGGCAGUUCUAAGAACGAGGCAGGAGCGGCGGCUGCGGAGGCAAGCCAUGGAGGCUUCCCAGUCCUCCAUCAAGGAGCAGCUAGAGGUAGAGAAGAAAAAGGAUAGCCAGAGUACAGAAUCAGCCACACAGGAGCCCUCAGUGCCCCAGAAGGACAUGGUACCUCCACCCAGACGAAGAUUGAGCCAAAAGCAGAGGGGACCUUGGGCCAUAGAUGAGAAGAGUUCAGAGGGAGGAGAGACAAAGACUGUGAAGACAUUGGACCAAAGGACAGUAUCAACCCCAGAAAAGACACCAGCCCAGGACCAGACAGCUCCAGAGAGAAAAAGAUCAACAGAGAAGAUGCCAGCCCCAAACCAGGCAACUCCAGAGAAAACAUUCACUUCAGAGAAGAUACCAGACCAGGACCAGAAAGCUCCAGAGAAAAAAAGAGCUUCAGAGAAGACAUCACCCCAAGACCAGACAACUCCAGAGAAAAAAUUAACUUCAGAGAAGAGAUCUGCUUUUGAGAAAGCAUCAUUCACAGAAAAGACAUUGGUUUCUGAGGAAGCAUUAGCCCCAAAGAAGGUGUUAGCUGGAGAGAAGGCAUUGACUUCAGUGAAGACAUCGAGCCUGGAGAAGGUAUUAGUUUCAGAGAAAGGGUCAGUCUCUGAGGAGACUUUAAUUCCAAAGAAGUUAUCAACUCGGGAGAGAGCACUGGCUUUUGAGAGGACAUCAGCUCAGGAGAAAGCACUGAUUCCAGAGAAGGGCUCAGUUCGGGAAAAAGUAAUAGCUUCCAGGAAACUGGGCCUGGAGCAGUCUCCAGUUCAGACUCCAGAGCAAAAGGAUCCUGAGAGAGAUGUUCCAGAAAAGAAAGAGCCAAAAAGAAGGGAGACCAUAGAGAAGUCACCCUCUUCAGAGGCACCUAGAGAGGAAAUGAAGUCUGAACCUCAGCCAGUGGCUUCUCGUUUCCGGCCCUUCACCCUCCAGGUGAAAAUCCCAAGCAAAGAGGAAGAAACCGAAGUGACCUCUCCAAGCCAGGGCACCUACAGCAGCUCUCUCACACGCUCCAGUCCUAGAACCAUUUCCUUUCGGAUGAACACCAGGAAAGAAAACCCAGAGACAACAUUUACCCGUAGUGCCAGCGUGAGGCUUCCAAGCAACACAGUCAAGUUAGGGGAGAAGUUGGAGAGAUACCACACAGCUAUACAGCGGUCAGCAUCUGUCAAGUCUCCAGGCUCUUCCCGGACUGAGUUUUUUGUGGCUCCUGUUGGGGUGGCCAGCAAGAGGAGCCUCUUUGAGAAGGAGCAGGUCAGAAAUAGCAAGACUGAGCCAGCAUUGAGCAGGAAGGAAUACCUGAGACUCUCAGAUGUGAAGACCUCUCGGCUCAACCUAUGGAUCAGCAGAACUCAGGAUUCUGGAGGAGACCAAGACUCUCAGGACAUAAAGAAGGAGGCAGUAACUACCAAGAAGAACUCAUGGGGAAAGCAAGCCACCUCUCCUCCAGAUAGCCAGAUCUGACAGGCGUGUCCAGAUGAGAGGGGCUGAAUCUGCAGCCUACAUGCCAGGCCCGGGUAUUUGGUCAAUGCUGUCCACUUCACAUUGCUCCCUCCAAAGCUUCCUUUCUAGUCCAGGAAUCUCAGAACUGACUUGACUUCAGUCCCUGGAGCACCCAAGAAUACUUGAGAGAAAUAUCACUGCCAAAAAGGGUGAAAAGGGAGAGAGAGCGGGAUACCCCAGGGGAAUCUCACCCAGCUCCUCCUUUGCUGAAACCAUUGGACCCAGGAACACGUUGACAUCUUCUCAUUCUACCAUAGGCACUGACACCUUUGGAAACACUGGACAGGGGAGCGAAGGCCUUGUCACUCCACUCAAACCCUCUCUGACCUUGCAAGGAAGAGAGAAACUAUCCUGAUCAUCCCUGUGGGAGAUUCUAGGAGGGAAAGAGGAAGGCUAAAGAUACCUAGAACAGCCCUGACAGGGGUUGAAGAAUUAUGGCACCUUCAGAGUCUAGACUGAGUCCUGGCUCAUCAUUAAUGUGUCCAGCAGGGCUAUCCUCUGGAAGGUCUGCAUCCCUGGUAUUGCCUCUGCAAUAUAACUCUGUCUGCCUCUGAUUUACCUCUCUACCUAUAUCCUGUCCCUCAAUGGCUCCCAAGACCAGCCAUCCUGUCCAUUCUUAUCUACCCUCAGGCCAAAUGGUGAGGGAGAGAAUUUUGACUUUGAUGUGUCCAGAUGCCCGUUCUUGGGUUUCUUCCUCAUCUUCAAGGCAGUUCCUUCAGCUUCACUCUUCCCUUGCUCUUUUUCUAUGCUUCCCUACCAAAAUUUGCUUUCAGAAAAGGAUCUGAUAAGUACAUUCAUGUGAAGGUUUAAAUAGCCAAAGCAGCUUCAACUCUUCUCCCUCCCAGAAGAGUUUGGUUUUAAACAAGGACCAAAGCUUUAAACUAUGAAGAUUAAACCAGGUGUGGAAGUCUUAUCAGUGCCCUUGAAAUUACUGUUUAUUUCCGGUUCUCCCUAUAGUCCAAUGUUGGCUGGGCCAUUUUGCUUCAUUGUCUGUUGGAAGGGGACUCAGAGGCCACAGUCAUCCCAUAGGGUCACUCCUGCCUGCUCAGGAUGCAAAACUGAUGUUAUUAAAUGCCAGAUCUCUGUGACUUUUAUGAUGCUUGCUCACUUUGUGGAUGUUCCAAAGCUGGGGUUCAUUGCCAACCAAUGAUGCCUAUUAACUUGAGACAAUGACCCCUGUGUGCUCAGGAAAUUUUUUAGAAGCUUCAUUUCCACUGCUGAUUGAUAGUCUUCUAUAAAUCCCUUGCUAUCUUCCAGAUGCUUUCACAUUGAUUUUGGGGGUAUCUAUUGUUCUAGAGCAGGGUUGGGACUUGUGAACCAUAUAAAGCCCACAAAAUCAUUUGCUAAGGCAAUCUCAGGCGAUAAUGAUCUGAAAGCCGGGUGCAACAACUUCCCACUGCUUUAGUUCUAUAAGAUGAUAUUUUUUAUGGUUUGCGAAUGAUGUUAUAGAUAUCUAAAUGAUCCUUGGCAGAAAAAAAAAUGUUUUCCAUCACUGUUUUGGAGUAUUCAAGUACCUGUUUUCUUUCUCUGUGGAAAAUCAAGAAUUAACUAAUAACCCUUGGACACCUUGAGGGAGGCUAGAUUGGCAAAGUUAAGACAGGUAAUCAUACUGAGUUUGGUAAUUGGCCAGGAUCCUGUGUGAUUCCUGGGAGCAGUUCAGAGCUCUGGUGAAAGCAAUGUGUCAAUCAACACGUAUUAAGCACCCUCUGUGUGACAGGGCCAGGGCCAAGUGGAGCAUAACUGACCCACCUUAAAUCAUUUGAUUAUUCUCAGAUAUUUCUUUGGUGCCCAUUGUGUGCCAGGACUGUCUGGGGUAUGAGAGAAAGACCUAAAGGAAUUCCUAUCUGGCUGAACUAGUUUUUCUUGUUUUACUCUCAGAAUUGACCUGGAUUAGUAGGGGACAUCUGAACCUUCCCCACCCCAAGUCAAGGUGCAGCUAGGGACUUUAGGAGAGAUCAGAUCAUAUAGUUCAAACUAGACAACACCUUAGAAGUAACUGUUCUAAUUCCCUCAUUCUACAGAGGAGGAAACUGAAUCAAAGUGAUCGUGAUUUGCCCAAACCCAACAUCCUUGUUCCUUUGCUUAUUGCAGUGUAAUGAAGGUCCCUGCCUAUAACUUGCUUCCAAGGCUUCAGAGGUGUUCACAGAUCUCUGGCUUACUGUCACAGGUUCAGGGAGCACUGAAUCAGGCAUGAGAACACUUCCAAAGACAUCAAUAUCUGUUCCUCCCCUCAAGGAACUUUUCCUCUAAGGGGAAGAGAUAAGGCAUGGACACAUAAAUAUGAUAAAAGUUGGAAUAUGAUAAACACAUAAAAGAACACAAAGUGCUGCAAGCUGAGAGGAGAGAGGUCUCUGAGAGAUCAGGGAAGCCUUCAUGGAGGAGGCCGCUUUUGAAGUAGAUUCCAAGCUUGAGCUGGUCUCAUGAGCCCUUUCUAGUUUGUUCUCUCUGAUCCUGCUCUCCCCUCACUGGGCAGACCUUGAUGGAAACUGCCCAGUUCCUUCUUCCAGUCAUCCCAGAAUUCCUCUUAGAAUGUCUUUUCAGGGCUGAAAUAAAAUUGUUUCUGACUCCACAA